AUGGCAGACAACUUGAGACAGAACUUCAAUAUGCUCGCCUACAUCUACAUAUUCCAUCUAGAGGAUUUCAUUCAUUCAGAACUUCAACUUUCAGGAUUCAGAGCUCUCCAACGCGGACGCGAAGCAACCUCGCGGCUGGGCUCAUGUGAGCCCACGCCUGGAACACACAAUGAGGACCCUAGCCACCGGACACCGCCAGAGCAAAGACGCACUGGACAACGAUACCAAGGACCACGAUGCAAGCUGUUACUUCUCGAGGAUGCUCCCUGUGGGGGCGACUUCUAG